AUGUAUAGUCCCGACUCAACAUUGGAAUUGCGUUUGCCACGUGAUUUGUUUCUUUUCCCGAAGCAGAAUGCGGGGUUUCAAAUCCCCUUCUUUCUGUCUACGGAGGAGGAGGCCGCCAAGGUGCGACCGCCGGCAGUGGUGAAAACUCUUGAGGAGCGCCUGCAGGAGUUUUCAGAGGGGCAGCGGGAAAUACUAAGCUCCUUCAAGAAAGCCGUCCGGGAUGCCCCAUGGUACAGCGAGGCUGAGGACGACGAUUGGUUGCUUCUCCGCUACCUUAUCGCCCGCAACUUUGACGUGAAGAAAUCCUUUUGUAUGCUGGAAAAAUCUGUUCAUUGGCGCCGAAAAAAAGACGCUGACAACUGGGUAUGUGAGGCCUGUUUAAAAGAUCCGAAUAGGCACAUGAUGCAGUUUGUUGGGUGGGACCUCCAAAACCGUCCUGUUUGUUUUAUGGCAAUGCGGUGGGGACCGGAUCGGAAGGAGCCACUGAAGCACUGUGUGGCCACAUUCAACCACUUGGUGAAGCUCAUGCCUCUCGGGGUGGAACAGUGGGUGUGUGUCACAGAUUUUGAAACGUACUCACACAUCAGAGACAGCAGCCCAAAAAUGGGUUUGUCCGUGAUUCACGCCAUCCAGGAUCACUUCCCCGAGCGUCUGGGAUUGAUGAUCCUCGUGGAUGCCCCCAAGGCGUUCAGCGUACUGUGGAAAUUGCUCUCCGCCGUAAUUGAAGAAAAAACUAGGAAAAAGGUGCUUUUUACUUACAAAAAAUCAAAGCCAACAAUAGAAAGCGAGUUUUCCAAAAUAUUUCCUCCAGCGCUUGCGGAAUACUUGUGUGAAAGCUACGAACGGAGCAGAACAGCCGCUCUUCCGGCAACCCCUGUUUGGUACCCUGCACAGAGCAAUGAGUGA